AAAGUGAACAACAAUCCUUGCGUUCGCAUCCAUAGAGGUCGUUGUUCACGCUUCCUUGCCGCUCUGUGGCCAUACCCUCCGCAACGAUACCAUCAUGAGUGCUCCGAUACCAUUCCUCCACCGCUCCUCCUCUCGCACCCUCGUCGACAGGCCACCAGCCCGAAUCAAGGCCGAGGCGGUAUACCAAUCCCGAGAUACCAGCCCUCAUACCCCGCAGGCGUCACUGCCCAUCGCCAUACCCCGACGCAAAACAGUCUGUCCGCCUCCAAGCUCGCCUCUCCGCUUGCAGCCAUCGCCAGAGCUGGUAUUCAAUUUCGACUUCUCUGUCUCGCCAUGCUCGUUCCAGGGUCAUGGUCAGAUGAUCACCCGCAUGGACGAGUGGGCGCAAAAUGCACCAUUCUUGCACCAGCGCGGACGGACUAAUAUCCUGCUCGCGCAUCAGUGCCACCAGCAACAGAAGGCUGUGCUCGAAGGGGUCAGACGAUUCGAACGGACACCCGGAGAGAUGACGUUCUUGCAUACAGACGCGCAAAAUGUUGAUCUCAUCGAGGACAAUGAAAAAACCACCAUUGUCGAAUGCGUUGAUGUGAAACCUGCUCCGUCUUCCGGGGCAUCGUCGAUUCGGUCGUCCGUCGGUUUCGCGAUGCCUCCGUCAGACACUCCUGCCACGGGGUCGUCCCAUCGUACUCAUCGUUCCACAUAUUCCUCCCCGGCGCUCCUCACUGCCGCUUUUCAGCAGUCUCUCGCCUCAUCAGUGCAAACGCCCUCGCCUCCUGCCUCGCCGCCCCGCGAGCUGUCCCCGAUAGUCUUCCAUACUCCCUCCCCGGUGUCGCCUCCCUCCUCCCGCGGCCACCGCCGCGUGCUCUCCGCCAUCUUCCCGCGGAAUGAUGCGAAUCCGCAGCUUCUACGCACCGCCGCCGCUCCUGUCGUCUCGUUCAAGGUCGCCCAAGCCGAGCGAAGCGCAUCUGGCUCAGGCACUGGUACAUGCGCCGCAGCAUUCCCUCGUGGCCGCUCGCCAUAUCCUGGCAUCGCACCCCGCCCUCGGCGGCGAUCGAGCGCAGGGUCGUGCAGGGCUCCGACUGUCGUUGGUACUGGGCGCGGGCUCGCCGGACAUGGACGCGCCCCUGGCUCUCGGUCGUCGUUGAUCCUCAGCACGGAGGAGAUCGAACGCUCCCUCGACUAUCAUGAUGUUCAGGUCGUGGAGCGUGAAAAUAUUAAGCCCGUCCCUGUCGAUAUCCCGAAGGAGGGCGAUCCUGAAAGGUGCCGCGAGCGAGGCCGAGCCAGGGGAAGAGGCAUAAUGGGCCUCCGUGGGGUCCCUGUGCGUUGGUGAGGGGGUGGAGGCCGCCCAUCAUGAGAGGUAUACGGUCCAUCCGUGUCUCUAUGCAGGUAGGCGGUGAUCUGAAUCUGGUUCUCUAUAUUUCAAAAGACAAGCCGCUGUAGCAAGGAUCAUACCCCGGUUGUCCCGAUGUCCGCGCUGCUGACCCAAGGACGCUAUUUCCGAGGACAUUUCCGAUUUUGCGCAUCGCCGCGUGUGUCU